ACGACGGCAUAGCAAUUGUUCGAAUUAGCAUGCCUCCGAGGAGAAACAACUGUGGCCUCCUGGCCAGAGUGAAUUUUCCUUUGUACACGUUGCAAAUGCUCACCAGCAGGCAUAUUCUUGUCGGCGGUGGUGGAGGUUCCUCUAAGACAGGAGUAGCUAAUGGAUUUGAAAUAUUUGAGUUGUCUCACAAUGGAUAUCAGUUUAUUGCUGAAGAGGUUACUAGACAUGAAACAGGUCCUAGUGUAGUUAUGAAUUGCACAACAUACAAUGAUGGGAAAAGAACAUGGAUCGCAGCUGGUCAGGAAAGCCAUUGUCAGCUUUAUAAUGUAAAUAGUAAGGUGGUGACUAUAAAAAAUGAAGAGAUAAUUAAAGAAGACAAUGAUAACGAUGGUAAUGAUAAUGGUAACCUUAAGGGUAAGAAACGCUUAAGGCAUAGAAAACGCUCGGGUGAAGUAGUGGAAAAUAUUAUUUCAAAGGAGAGGAUAGAAGAAAUUAAGGAUGACAAUUCAAAUAUAAGGAGUAAAAAAUUGCAGUUGAUUGUGAAACCAGCAGACAGUGUACAAACUGAUUUUAGUAAAGAGGAGCCUCUUCAAAGGAUUGUCAGAAUAAGUUUAAAUGGAAAGCUGAUGGCUACUGGUGGAACAGAUGGUCAUGUCAGAUUAUGGAAAUUCCCACAAUUACACAAACUGCAUGAUUUAGAUGUUCAUUCAAAAGAAAUUGAUGAUAUAGACUUUAGUCCAGAUGGAGCAUUGAUUGCAAGCAUAGCAAAGGAUGGCAAGACUAUUCUGUGGAAUGUGAAUAACGGUUUAAAGCUCAAGGAACUAACAUGGACACCUCCAAGUGGACUGAAAUAUAUGUACAAAAGAUGCAGGUUUAGAAAGCUAGAGGAGAGUAAAUCGAAAACACAACUUUUUACUUUGUCUAAUGCAGUAGUUGGGAAGAAUCCUAGCUUCCUGCAAUUGUGGGACAUUGAUUCUGGAAGUAUCAUUAAGGCUGUUCCAUACAAAGAGACCUUGUCGGCUUUAGCGGUGUCGGACGAUGGAAAAUUUGUAGCUGUUGGAACAAUGUUCUCUGGUAGCGUGGACAUAUUUGUUGCGUUCAGUUUAAGGAGAGCUUUGCAUGUACCUGGAGCACAUAGUAUGUUUGUGACUGGCCUAGAAUUCUUACCAACUAAACUAGAUGGCCCCGCGAUUGUUAGUAACACUGAAACUGCGGUCGUUAGCAUUUCUGUGGAUAACAAAAUUUGCAUACACAGCAUACCGUUUAGACAUACACUGCCAUUCUGGUUUGUUAUCAUAUUGAUCAUUCUGAGUAUCUGUGGAGCAUUUAUUUUCUGCAGUUACCUUGGAAUAUGACCUAAAAAUAUAUAUACUUUUAAUAACGUCAAGAAGAGCAGUACUUUUUCUAGGAUUCCUCGGGACUAAAUGAAACGAAGUUUCACACGUGUCUUUCGUAGGUUAUAAAGAAAUUUAAAA